AUGAACGCACCAGCACCCAGGAAACCGCUGUUCAAACUGGACAUGGACAACGACAACAGCGCCUCGCAUAGCAAUAACAACAACAGUUCAUAUGGUACCGUCUCCAAGCUGGGUACCGUUGCCUCAAUGAAGCCUGCAUCCAAAGUAUCGUCGUCUUCGGCUGCACUGUCCACCUCCGGCGCCGCAGCCACAUCUUCCUCCUCAGCAAACACAAACGAAGCGACUUCAGGAAAUGGCGCAAUGACCGGAACAGCGGGCAUUUUCAGCAAGCUUAUCAACCGUGUUGGUAACGGAAACCCGAUUGGAGGCAGCCGACAUGCCAAGCUUGGAGUAAUGAUGCCACCGUCAUCGGUUUCUGUCGGCCUGGGAGGUUCUGUUGGAGGAGCGCGGUCAAAUACCGCAGCGUCGUCCAGUCAAAGAAAUAAUACGGGUACCGACACUCAAAACAGGAACGGAAAUGAGCAACAGUCAAGCAAGAAGAUGCCGCCUCCUGUUGGUGGCUCUCCACGCCGCAAUCCUUACAGCCGGCCAAUUGGCAGCACUUCUGGAGCAGGGACAGGACCCGGGAAACAAGUGAGGACAUUGACACACACUGAUAUGGCGCCGUCACUUCAAAUCAGUCGGGCAUUGAUGCCUCGGGAAUGGUGCCUGGAUGAUUUUGAGCUGGUUCGGCCAUUAGGCAAAGGGCAGUUUGGUCGUGUGUAUUCGAUGAGAGAGCGUCGGACAGGAUUUGUUGUGGCUAUGAAGGUGCUGCUAAAGUCCGAACUUUUGAACGCCAACAUGGAGCACCAACUUCGACGAGAGAUUGAUAUCCAAUCUAACCUCAAGUAA